GAUUUAGACUUUUUUUUUUGUUGGGCUUCAUUUGGAGCCAAACCUUGUUUUGAAAACCCCCAAUGUCAUUUAACUCGCGCCGUCUCUCUUUCUUCCCUUUGGAUCGGGCGAAUUAGCAGCUAAAAAGGGUCAGAAUAAACGAAUUUGUGAAGAAUUUCAUCUCAGAGCAAUCAAAAUGAUUAAUUCCGAGAUUAACACGAUCGAUGUAACCGGCCCAACCGCAUUCCAUAAACAGCCGAUUUUAGCAGCCAAAAAAGUCGCACUGAGAGAUAAUAGUAACUUAAAUCGCGACACAAAUCCCGCAAUUUUGCUUCCAGUGGAGGGUCAAUCGUUCAUGGAUUCAGCUAAAAUAUCUGGAAUCAAAAGGCAUACGCCAGACUACUCUUCAUCUUCUCUCUUGAACAAUAACAGUCCACAUGAACAUUUCAAUUACCCUCGCAGGAAAGUAAGCCAGUUAAAUGGGAAGAAUACGCAUCCAAAUUACAUCGCUUCAAAGACAUCUGUUCCUCGGUUUAAAGUUUCCAAUGAUGAUGAUCAGAUGACAGAAAGAUUCAUUCGUCUGCAGAAUUUCAUCAAGCAAUGUGAUGGAUCUAAUCAUAGAGAGAAUAUUCAAUUGCUCUUGCGAUUAUCUCCAUUGGAACUUAGCAGACACGCAGUUGAGUUAGAAAAAAGAGCAAUUCAGCUCACCAUUGAAGAAGGACAAGAAAUGCAACGAAUGCAAGCAUUAAAUAUAUUGGGGAAGCCAUUGGCAACCCGAAAUACAAUGCCAAUAAUACAACACAAGAACUGAAGGUCAGAUCAGUGUAUGACACUUUUUCUUUUUUUGUAUUAAUUUUGUUUGGAAAAUUUUGUUGUUUGAUGAAAUAAUUUUUAUGUAUUAAUUAAUUGUUAAUUCUUGAAA